AUGGCAGAAUCAUCUACUGUUACAGUUUCCAUUCCCCCACCACCACCACCACCAUCAACAACAACAUCAAGAACACCACCAGCAUUCAAGAUGAUGGUAGGGACAUCCAUAGGCCAUGCAGCAAACCUAAUAAAGCCACUACCAGGUGUAACAGUUCUUGCCUUCCAAGCCCUUUCUUCAUCCUUCUCAAACCGUGGUGCUUGUCAUGAUUCUAACAGGAUCCUCACAGCCAUCCUCAUCGGUCUCUGCACCCUUUCCUGUUGCUUCUUUGCCUUCAGUGAUAGCUUUAUAGGGAAAGAUGGCAAGGUCUACUAUGGCAUUGCAACACUCAAAGGCCUUUACAUCUUUAAUAGAAUCAAUAACAAUGACAGAGACGAGGAGGAUGAGGAGGAGGAAGAGGGAGUAAGAGAUCUGGGGAAGUAUAAGAUAUGUAUAGUGGAUUUUAUUCACGCCAUCUUCUCAAGUUUGGUGUUCUUAUCACUGGCGUUGAGCGAUUCCAACAUAGUGGAAUGCUUCUUUGCAAAUAUUGGAGUAGAUGCCCAUGAGUUAGUGUUAAAUAUACCACUUGGGAUCUCCUUCUUGUCAGGCCUCGUCUUCAUAGUCUUCCCUACGUCCCGUAAAGGGAUUGGCAGCUCCUCCUAA